AUGAAUAAUAAAAAGUUAAAAAUAUUAAUUUUAACUUUUAUUACCGUUGUUGGUAUAAUGUCCACAUACAUACUUAUAACUUUGGACAAAGGUUAUUAUAAUAAUAUAUAUUAUAACAAUAAUAACAAUAACAAUAAUAAUAAUAAUAAUAAUAACAAUAAUAAUAAUAAUAAUAAUAAUAAUAAUAAUAAUAAUAAUAAUAAUAAUAAUAAUAAUAAUAAUAAUAAUAAUAAUAUAGAUAAUAAUAAUAAUAAUAAUAAUAAUAAUAUAGAUAAUAAAGAUAAUAUAGAUAAUAAUGAAAAUGAUAAAAAUAAUAAAAAUAUUAUAAAUAAUAAUGUUAAUUAUUUAAGAAAUGAUGAGGAAGGUGAAGAGAUUUUCCCUGAAAGUAAUUUUAGACCAAAUAAAAAAGUAAUUGUAAUGGAAAAAGAAAUUAUUAAAGAGGUUGUUAAAGAAGUCUGUGGUAAUAUUCAAAAUAUACAAAACAAUCAGGACACCAAUGAGCCACAAUUAACAUUAAACAAUCAAAUACUAAAUAGCGGGGAACAAAUUAUUGUAAAAUUUUCAAAUAGUAAUAACUUAAAGUUCAAAGAUGAAAGAUCAUUAUUAAAUUAUUUUUUAACAUACCAAUAUUACUAUCAAUAUGAAGAUUACAAGAAUACUCAGUAUAUGGAUAAAGGGAAAUACGAUGUAUUUGGCAUCGAGUUACCAGAGGUAAAUCAAAGUAAUUUUCAUUACCCAACAAUGGAGCAUUGGGAAAUGGAGAUUGCCAAUGUAAACAAAACAUUUAAUAUAGAGCCCAAUUUAAACGUUGAUCAAUUAACCAUAUAUAAUAAGAACUAUACCGAAAAAUAUUUCCCCUUAAGAAUUAAAAAAAUUAAAGCCAAGGUGUGUAAAGAUUAUUAUGAAAGAUAUAAUCAACAAAAAUUCUUUACUGAAUUUGCUAAAGCUAAUAAUUUCAACAUUGAUCCACCAAGAUUGCAGCUCCCAUUAAAUGCAUCAAAACCUUUAUUGACUACACCAUAUAUAUUCCUACAUAUUGCUAAAACUGGCGGUCACACAAUGUACUCUCAUUUUUCUAAAUUCUUUAAGAACCAAGGAACUUUAAGACAAUGGAUUUUCCCAAAUCCAACUGACCAUAAAAAGAUUCAAGGUGCUUACAAUUUUAUUUUGGGUCAUUUUGAAUAUGGUAUUCAUAAUGAUUAUGAUGAACCAUUAAAAAGUACACAUAGCUAUUUAACAGUGUUAAGAGAUCCAGUAGAUAGAGUUAUUUCUCAUUACUAUUAUCACAGAAAUACAGCAUAUGAUGCUGAGCACGAUAUUGCAGCAAAGAACACAUUAGAAGAGUGGAUUGAGUUAUCACCAAGAGCAAACAAUGAACAAACUAGAGCAUUGUCAGGUAUCCACCACGAGGAUCCUUUAAUGACCAACGAAACUUUUAAUAUGGCAUUAUACCAUUUACGUACAAUGAAAUUUGUAGGUCUUACCGAAAAAAUGCCAGAAACUUUAGCAUUAUUAAAAUUCUUUACUGGUUUAGAUAAUCCCAAAGUUCAAGAAAAACAAAAUGUAGGUAGAAAAUUAGAUGUAGAUCAGUCUGUAAUAGAUAAAAUUAAAAAAAAGAAUUGGAUGGAUAUUAUAAUGUAUGAAGAAGCCUGCAAAAUGUUCCAAAGACAAAUAGAUUUAGUUGGUAAAGAUAAAUUUGAAGAGCAACUAAAUAAAAUUGUUCCUACAAAAAAACCGAUAACAAUACCACCAUCUCUAACAAGAUUUAAUGUUCUUGAUCAAAUAAGUCGUAUAAAUAAUGCUCAAUAG